GGAGAGCAAUGUGCCUUAGCCAGGGUUUCACUCCCCAGCUCGUGUUCAACAGUCGAGGGGGGGGGAGAGGCAAAGGGGCUAAGGCUCGCCGCUUCUCCUCUCGCUCUCGCUCGCUUCGCCUCCACGCAGGCAGCGCCGCGCUAAGGGGCGUGUGCCUCUGAGGGGCUGCCUCACCUCCCGUUGAGUCCCUGCGGCCGGAAUUAGGAAGGAUGCUACUGGAGCCGGCGCCGCUUCCACUCCUCCCUCCCUCCGCUGCCAUCUCCAGCUCCCUCUGACUUCUUGGCCAGACUAUGAAAUGACCAUUCCUGUUCACCUCGCAGCAGCUGCAGCACUACCCGCCGCUUGGAACCCUCGCCUGCUCUCGCCGCGCGCAAUUUGGGCGAAAGGGCGCCCGUCCUGCCUGAGGAGGAGCCCCAGCCGGGUCUAUUGGCCAAGUCAGGGGGGCUGAAGGAGGAGAGUCGGCGGGGGACGAAGCCAGUUUCCCAGCGGCUUCAUCCCCCCAACACACACACACUUUGCCCAAGUGUGCCCAAGUGCUGACUGCCUGAGGCCGCCUCCGGCACUCCUGAGGUGAAGCGAGGCACCGCUUCUCUGAAAUCUCGGGCCACUUCUCCCAACUGCUCGCUUCCAUUCGUCCUCCAGAAAAGUCGCGCGUGACACGAGGGCGACGGGACUUCCAGGUGGGCCCGUUUGGAGAAGGUGCCACCGCGGAGAAAGUAGGGGCGGGAGGAGGAGGAGGAGACGAGCUGGACUUUGCCUUUGGGACGUGUUUGGCUUUGGGUCCCCCCCACCCAAAAAAAGCAGCCAUGGGGAAAGGGCUGGAAGCCGCCGCCGCCGCCCGCUACGGACUAGGAAUGGGAUACUUACUGCAAAUGCUCGUGCUGCCUGCCUUGGCCAUCCUGAGCGCCAGCAGCCCCGGCUCCGCCGCGCAAGAUGAUGACUUUUUUCAUGAGCUCCCAGAAACCUUCCCUUCGGAUCCUCCAGAACCGCUUCCGCACUUCCUCAUUGAGCCUGAAGAAGCCUACAUUGUAAAGAACAAGCCUGUGAAUCUUUACUGUAAAGCUAGCCCUGCCACCCAGAUCUACUUCAAGUGCAACAGUGAAUGGGUUCACCAGAAAGACCAUGUGGUAGAUGAAAGAGUUGAUGAAACAUCUGGACUAAUUGUUCGAGAAGUAAGCAUUGAGAUUUCCCGCCAGCAAGUUGAAGAACUUUUUGGGCCGGAAGAUUACUGGUGCCAGUGUGUCGCUUGGAGCUCAGCAGGGACUACAAAGAGCCGGAAGGCCUAUGUUCGCAUUGCAUAUCUACGGAAGACCUUUGAGCAGGAGCCCCUUGGGAAAGAAGUAUCUUUGGAACAGGAAGUCUUACUGCAGUGUCGUCCACCUGAAGGAAUCCCAGUUGCUGAGGUUGAAUGGCUGAAAAAUGAAGAGGUGAUUGAUCCUGUUGAAGAUCGAAAUUUUUACAUCACUAUUGACCACAACCUCAUCGUAAAGCAGGCGCGUCUCUCUGACACUGCCAAUUACACUUGUGUCGCCAAAAACAUUGUGGCCAGGAGGAAGAGCACAACUGCAGCUGUCAUUGUCUAUGUCAAUGGAGGAUGGUCAACUUGGACUGAGUGGUCGGUAUGCAACAGCCGUUGUGGAAAAGGAUCUCAGAAGCGUACAAGGACCUGUACCAACCCUGCUCCGCUCAACGGAGGUGCCUUCUGUGAAGGCCAGAGCUUGCAGAAAAUAGCUUGUACCACAUUGUGUCCAGUGGAUGGAAGGUGGACAUCAUGGAGUAAAUGGUCUACAUGUGGAACAGAGUGUACCCACUGGCGUAGGAGGGAAUGCACGGCCCCAGCACCAAAGAAUGGUGGCAAAGACUGUGAAGGUCUCGUCUUACAGUCCAAGAACUGUACAGAUGGGCUGUGUAUGCAGAGUUUCAUUUACCCUAUUUCAACUGAACAGAGAACCCAGAAUGAAUAUGGAUUUUCUUCUGCUCCCGAUUCAGAUGACGUAGCUCUCUAUGUUGGGAUUGUGAUAGCUGUGAUCGUGUGCCUGGCUAUUUCAGUGAUCGUCGCAUUAUUCAUCUACAGGAAGAACCACCGGGACUUUGAAUCUGAUAUUAUGGACUCCUCAGCGCUGAAUGGUGGAUUUCAGCCUGUUAAUAUUAAAGCUGCACGGCAAGACCUUCUAGCUGUGCCUCCAGACCUCACAUCUGCUGCAGCCAUGUACAGGGGACCUGUCUAUGCUUUGCAUGAUGUGUCGGAUAAAAUCUCAAUGACCAACUCUCCAAUUCUUGAUCCACUUCCCAACUUGAAGAUCAAGGUGUACAACAAUUCAGGCACGGUCACUCCACAGGAUGAUCUGUCCAACUUUUCAUCCAAACUUUCACCACAGAUCACUCAAUCCUUGCUGGAAAAUGAAGCAUUAAACAUGAAAAACCAGAGUCUUGCACGACAGACCGACCCAUCAUGCACUGCUUUUGGCACCUUCAACUCUCUUGGAGGUCAUCUCAUUGUACCAAAUUCAGGAGUAAGUUUGCUGAUUCCUGCAGGGGCCGUUCCCCAGGGGAGAGUCUAUGAAAUGUAUGUGACAGUUCACCGAAAGGAGAACAUGAGGCCACCAGUAGAAGACAGUCAAACUCUUUUGACCCCUGUGGUGAGCUGUGGACCUCCAGGAGCACUACUGACCCGGCCUGUUAUUCUGACAAUGCACCAUUGUGCAGAACCGAACACUGAAGACUGGAAGAUCCAGCUAAAGAACCAAACUGUCCAGGGACAAUGGGAGGAUGUGGUAGCAGUUGGAGAAGAAAACUUUACCACCCCAUGCUACAUUCAAUUGGAUCCAGAGGCCUGCCAUAUCCUGACAGAAACUCUCAGCACCUACGCCUUGGUAGGGCAGUCGGUCACCAAAGCAGCUGCAAAGCGUCUCAAGCUGGCCAUCUUUGGACCACUCAUCUGCUCAUCCUUGGAAUAUAACAUCCGUGUCUACUGUUUGGAUGACACUCAAGAUGCCCUUAAGGAAGUGCUACAGUUGGAACGGCAAAUGGGCGGACAACUGCUAGAAGAACCAAAGGAUUUGCAUUUUAAAGGUAGCACUCAUAACCUCCGCUUGUCCAUUCAUGAUAUCACCCAUUCCCUCUGGAAAAGCAAACUGCUGGCUAAAUACCAGGAAAUUCCUUUUUACCAUAUAUGGAGUGGGUGUCAAAGAAAUCUGCAUUGUACCUUUACCCUGGAAAGGUUCAGCCUGAACACACUGGAGCUAGUGUGCAAACUCUGCAUACGGCAGGUUGAAGGAGAAGGGCAGAUAUUCCAACUCAACUGUUCGGUAUCAGAGGAACCUACUGGCAUUGAAUAUCCACUCAUGGAUCCAGCAAGUACCAUCACCACCAUAGUAGGACCCUGUGCAUUCAGUAUCCCCCUCCCAAUCCGACAGAAGCUUUGCAGCAGCCUAGAUGCUCCUCAGACAAGAGGUCAUGACUGGAGGAUGCUGGCUCACAAACUAAAAUUGGACAGGUACCUCAAUUAUUUUGCUACGAAGUCGAGCCCCACUGGUGUGAUCUUAGACCUUUGGGAAGCCCAAAAUUUCCCUGACGGGAACCUGAGCAUGCUGGCCACAGUCCUUGAAGAGAUGGGAAGACACGAGACAUUCGUUUCAUUGGCAGCAGAAGGAAAGUACUGAGGCGCCCUUAGAAUGAGAAGGAAGGAAUGUUAACCAUGUCAGCUGUGACUAACUCAAACCGAGCACCCCAGACCAAUGCAUUUCCUAACACGAGGCAUUCCAGAGGGGGGAAAAAGACACAAAAUCCUGACUUUUCACACGCAUUCUCCUUGUACAUUAUCACAGAAUUGAAAGGAAAUCACACAAAGUUGUUACCUUGAUAAUAUAAUUCAAUCUAACAUUCCUCUCAGCUUGGCUGUACACUGCUUGGUACAGGAUUUUACAGUUUCCUAGGAAACGCUUUUUAUUGCUAUCCAGAUAUAUGGAUAAACUUUCUUAACAAUCCCAGUUUCUAUGAACGUUGUUUACAUCAAAUCCUGGGCAGCGGGAUGGAAAGGACUGUCCAUGGCUCUCUUUUUAUAUAUAUAUAUAUACUUUUCUUUUGUUGAAAGCCAUUCUAGACCAAGCCAUGGACAAAGCAGGGUUGUGGCUAUUUUCAGAUAAAUCAGUUCCCAACACUCAUUUCAAAUGCAUUUCAUGGUUGCAAAUCUGUCCAUCAAAUGUCUUAAAAUAAUCCUCCCGACACCAGACUGUUUUCUAGAUUGAGUUGUUAAGUCAGAAUUUUAAACUCAUGCAUCUGGCAAGGAGAUAAUGUAGAAGCUGAGCAGGAAUGCACGUACCUCUCCUUACCUUACCCAGGAUGCCUGUGUCCUUCAGUGACUUAAAAUGCAGGGAUUCUGUCCCCCAACUCACAAUAUACCCUGUCUCCAUCAUCAAAAUGUGUGCGUGUGUGAUAUGCAAUUUGGCGCUGUUUGGAGAGAAAAAAAUUACCAAAAAAAAUUUGCUUGUAUGAUUAUUUACUGAAUAGUAUCUAGUGCAAGGAAUAUUAUCUUUCUUAUUAUUAUAACUAUUAUUUUUGCUUUCCAAAUUUAUCCAUAACAUUAAAUAUUUGCGCAGUGACAGCCACCACCCUGGAAGCCGUUUGUGGCUGCCAAGGGCUUUCUAAUCCUUUCUAGUGGGAGACUGUAUCCUCUUCUGUUCUAGCCCUGGGGUUCCCCUUAAUGCCCGUGAGCUACUGAAUGGGUUGCUAUCAAACUACAAGCCUUUCUCAUGAUAAAGUUGCCUUCAUAUUGAUAACAGAGCCCAGACUAUGUUGGCCAUCUUGUUACACAAACAAGAUAUUUCACAUUACAUGAAAGAAACACUGCAAGUUAAUCUACCCUUAUGCAUUUAAAGCCAUUCUCUAGUGGUGUUGAUGCUGUCUUCUCUUUCUGUUUGCCAUAAACCUUUGAAGUGGGUGGAUAUGCAGUCUAACAGAGGGAUUCUAAGCAUAUCACUAUUUUGUUUGUAUUGGCUUUUUCCAGAUACUGGUCUCAAUCCAAAGAUGCUUGUACUUUUUUUUUUAAAAAAAGUGUUUCAUGCAAGUUAUUACUUGCUUCACAACUAAAGAGUGAUGGUUUGGAUUGCAUAGACUCGUUUAUUUCUAAACGUAGAGACAAAUGGCAAUGCAUUGCUGAAGUUAAGGGCAAGUAACUUGCUUGUAUGAUGACUUGGACAUUUGAAACCAGAGUAGGGAUUAAGUCUCAGCAUGCACAAUGGAUACUGUGAGUUCCAGUCCACAGCAGGGACCUUUAAUCAGAAUGUGUAUCUGGAAGGCACAUCAGUGAGGUUGAUGUUGAUUUCUUGUAUAGAACAAAUAUCCUGCAGACGUGGGGCUCCACAGGGCAUGGGUGGAAUAUUGCUGACUUGGAACAACGUUUUGCCUCAGGCCAGGGAAGUGAUCAUCCCAAAAGCAUGUAAAUAUUUCUUUUCCAGAAUCACAUGCACAGUUUCUUUGAGCAUCUAAA